GAGAGCAGACGCAAUAGAAUAGCAUCGCCGAGACGGGUAUUCAAGUGAGACACGCAGUUUGGGAAAGAAAAGAAAAAGAAACGCUCUCCGCGUCGAAAUAGGUGUGCACAGAAAAGUUUCAACGAAAGUAACAGAGACGCAGAUAGGUCGAGACAAGACUCAAAGACCUCGAGGAAGAACUUGUUCCGUGAGACAAGGGGACGAGAGAUCGAGAGAUAGAGAGAACAGACAGACAAGAAGUGGGGGAGAAGACAUUGGCCACGGCGAUGUUUUCAGAGCUCGUCAGGUACAUGAGCGGCCACUCUGCAACUCUGCAGCGGCUGCUGGUGGCUUUGCUCGCCGCCGCUGCGCAGCAAAUCUUCCAGGCGCUCUCCUUCCGUUGUCCGUGCCUGCCAGGGCGAAAUUCCGCAUAUGCCGCCGUCUCCAUCGGAGUGCCGGCCCUGCUGCUGCUUUUGGCCUCUUGGGCAUCGGGUCCCCGCGUGUGGAAGCUCGUCACGGGCUGCUGCGUGUCUCGGCGCCACGGCUCUGGUCCCGGCCUGGCCUUCAAGCUGUCCCAGGUGGUGGUGUCCGUGUCGGGCCGUGCCUUGGUGGCGCCCAUCAGCUGGAUCGCGGUGGCGCUCCUCAACGGCUCCUACUACGUGUGCGCGGAGAGCGAGCGCGUCGACACGACCCCCUACGCGUUGCCCCCCGCGGCCCGCACGCGCGAGCUGCUGGCGCGGCUGCCCUGCCUCGCAAACGCGUCGCUGCCGCCCGCCCUGAUGCACGUGCGCAACGACAUCCUGCGGCACCUCUCCACCGAGUCGCAGCUGCUCGGGUGGACCGUGCUGGGCUCGGCAGGGCUCCUGGGAAUGAUGUUCAUGUGCUUCGCUCACUGGGUGUCUCCCGUCAGCUACCACCAGCUGCGCUUCUGGCGCUCUUACAUUGAGAUAGAGCACAAGGAGUUUGACCGGCGGGCGGAGGAGCGAGCCCAUGACCUCGCCGAGACGAACGUCUCCAUCUUCUUCGGUCCGUCACCCCCGCCACCGCCCGCUGCCGCCACCCCAGCCACUGCCCCCGAUGCCGCGGACCGGCAGAGCGACGCCCCACCUCCUCCUCCUUCUGCUCCGGCGCCAGCAGAGAAGGAGGCGGAGGGCUAUCCCCUGCCCAAGAAGGCCGACUGGGACAUAGUGUCGGGCCUGUACGCUUACCAGCUGCUCGACGGCGAGCCCCUGUACAGCACGCUGCACGCGUGGGCCGCCAAGCACGCCGUGGACAAGACGCUGAGCCCGCGGCACCUGGACCAGGGCAGCGUGCGGGAGACGCUCUCGUUUGUGGACGGGCGCGGGCAGAGGCCGGAGGGGCCCGCGCCGGUGGCACGGCGACCCCACUCGCCGGAGGAGGAGGCCGCUGUCGAGGAGUUGUCGAAGCUGCUCGACGAGUGAACGUGAGAAAGAGCGCGACGCCGCCGAAGACGCCGCGCCGUGUCACGGGGUAACGAGUCCUACGCGCCCUUCUAUGGGCCGCUCCUUUUCCUCAACGUGAGCUCGGCAUCAACACCACCGCGAAAAAAAUGUACCGUCUGAUGACGACAUCACCAAUUAAGUCAACAUCAGUAACACUGCUUUAAGAAUUAUAUAAUAGCUGACGUUUCGGGCAAUGAUCCUUCUUCAUAGCACACAGAGAGGGCCGAGGGAUUGAUUAUUGAGACUGCAUUUUUCACCAAUGGCUUAUCCAAAGGGAUCGCUGCUCUCCAAAGUUGGCCAAUGUCAGAUUGCUGAUUUUUGUUUGGCAACGUCUGCCGAUUGUUAAUGUACGAGCUAAGUAAAGUCUAAGAGGCAGCACACAAUUUGCGGAACAUAUUGAAGCUUUUGUGGAUAAAGAACGGGUGGCAGGGUGGCGCAGUGGUAACACUGCUGUGCCUCACAGCAACAAGGGCCGGACUCCGUUGCUUGAGUCGGGCUCCUUUCUGCGUGGAGCUGAGCUUCUCCCCCUGUUCAGCGAAGCUUUUCUCCAGGUUCCCCGGUUUACUGCCAAAACGUAAUAAACAUAGAAUGUAAUUUGUAAUUUGCAGAGUGAUGCUGAAGCAAUGCGGAAGCAUUACACUGCAAAUUACUGUAGUCAAUACUCUAG